AUGGCAUCGGCUGUUGCCUUCUCCCUGGCGGUGUCGGCGCUGCUGCAGCCCGUCCUUGGCACUAAUACAGGCACGGUUCACUGUGCCGAUGCCUCGUACGAACCGGGCUCCGUUUACUUCACGAACAAGUGUUACACCGACAUCCAGAACUGCAUAACCAAGCUGUCGGCCGAUCCGUCACUGGUUGACUGCAGUGGCGACAACAUCAGCAUGCAGCAGCAGGCCAAUACGGGAGCUGUCGGCUCAGCCCAAAACAGCGAUGUGAGCGUCUCCUUCAAGAGCAUGGUCGACCUUUGCCUCCUGAGCGGCUCAACCAGCGGAACAUGGGGUUGGAGUGACAACCAGUGGUACUGGCUGUGGACCAGCGGCAGCUGCUACACCGGUGAGGCCGGAAACGGCGCCAUCAAGACGCGGCCUGCCCCCUAUUGUCUGCAAGACCGGGACUCCACCCUGCCCGACUGCUAUCCUCAGCCCAAGCCCGGCGGUGGCCCGCUAAGGGUGCUCAAGAUGGCCAAAACGACCAAUGGCUUCACGAAGUCGGCGCGAGGCUGGAACACGUACGGAGCCCAGGCUCUGACCAACGGCUCCACGCUCAUUCCCUCCUUCGCUGGUCAGUCCGGCCUGUAUUAUACGCAAAAGUUCGUGGAGACUCAAUGCGGAGUCUUGGCAAACUCCAAGUUCAAGGCUGCUGGUUACGAUAUGUGCAGUCUUGACUCCGGCUGGCAGUCGUUUGAUACGGUCGAUGAUCAUGGCCGCAUCAUCUACAACUCGACGCGCUUCAACAUGCCCCAGCUUGGUCCCUGGCUGCAUAAGAAGGGUCUUAAGCUCGGCCUAUAUAUCACACCGGGAGUCCCAUGCCAAGCUGCCAACUCGACGAUUUUGGGCACCGACAUCAAGGUUGGAGACACGUUCAACGGCAACUUUGACCAGAUUCUGUGCCAGUUUGACUACAACAAGGAAGGUGUCCAGCAGUGGCACGAUUCUGUUGUGGCUCUGUGGGCUUCGUGGGGCGUUGACAUGAUCAAGCUGGACUAUAUUACCCCUGGUUCCCCACAGAAUGGCGCCAUGCUGGGCUGUCAGAACUCCGACGCCGUUGUCGCCUACCAGAAGGCCAUUGCCAAGUCGGGGCGUGACAUCCGCCUGAACAUCUCGUGGAAACUCUGUCGCAACGAGACCUGGCUGCCCGUGUGGAGCCGCCUGGCCGAGUCUAUGCGUACCGACCAGGACAUCAACAACUACGGGCACGAGACCUUUUUGGCCUGGCAGGUUGCUCAGCGCGCCAUUGAGAAUUACCGGCAAUACAUUAGCCUCCAGCUUCAGCGCAACGUGCCCCUGACCAUCUACCCGGACAUGGACAACCUGUUUGCCGCCAACGCCGAGAAGCUGACGGGCGUCAACGACACGAUGCGAACCACUGUCAUGAACCACUGGCUUGGUGCUGGCGCCAACCUGAUCCUGGGCAACGACUUGACCCAGACGGACGCGCUCGGCUACAAGCUGCUGACGAGCCCCCAGUCCACGACUGCCGCCAACUUCUUUGCCAAGUAUCCCAUGCAGCCGCGGAACCCUCGAACCGGCAACAAUCUGGCCCAACAGCUGCAGUCGUGGAUCGCCGGGCCGAGUGACAAUGGAAAGGAGGCGUACGUUCUGAUUGCCAACUACGGACCAGACCAGGGCUCCGGCGGCUUCAACACGCAUCUUUACGGACGACAGACUGUUACUGUGUCCCUGGCCACUCUUGGUCUUAGCUGCUCAGAGUGGAAAUUUACCGAUGUGUGGUCGGGCAACUCUACUCGCGUCAAAAACUACUAUACGGCCUACUUAACGGAGGGAGAGUCCCAGCUGCUUCACUUGACCAAGGUCUAA